AUCAAGACCGUCCACCAGCAUCACAGGCAACACUCGGUAGUCUACACCCUUCAUCCCUUCCUGUUUGCCACCACGUCUGCCUCUGGCGGCUCCUUCCCCUGUUUCUCGUCCCUUCAGCACUCUUCUCCCGCCUAGCCUCGCUCUCGCCAUCACCAAACCUCCUGCACCGCCCUUUAUCUCUUUCUGUCUUCCUCUCGAUGCUUAUUUCUUUUCCUUAUUGGCCAUUCUACCCACAAAGCCUUUCUCAAUCCCCUGUCCGUGAUUCCCAUUUUACCGUCUACUAUUGCCCUCUCUUAUUUUAUAUCAAUUCCAUCGAAUUCAGUUCAGCUCCAUCAAUUAGUCGGCUUGUUUCCUUCAAGUGUGGUCGACCUUCGGUAUCCCGUCUCGGCUUCUUCGUCUUUCUGAUCAAUUUAGGGUUUAUGAGCUGUGGCCAAUCUAAUUCCUUAUUCGGGGUACUGAAUUUCUUUUCCCCCCUCCCUCUUUUUGAUUAUCUUUCCCAUGAUUGAUUCCUGUUCUUUAUCUUCAUUAAUAUAUUUUUCCCAAAAUUUUCUGGGGUCGGGGUGUUAUUCCCUUUUCUUCCUAGUCCUGGAUCGUCAAAAUUCUGCGCGGUAAUCUUUAUUUCCGUCUUGGACGUCCGCCUCGAGAUGGAGGAACAGACAUCUGAUCCGAUGAACCUUGAUUUGAAUCUGGGUCUCAUUCCAGAGCCACCGGCCGAUUCCAUGGCCAGCGAACAUGUCUUUGUAGAUGACUGGACCGAGCAACCUCUUCGCCGAAUUAGUGAAGCUCGUCGGUAUAGGUCUCGGCUACAGUGGAGAUCGCAGCAUCUUGUUGUCCCGCCCGAUGCCGAGAGGCAUGUUUUUCCGCUGCCUGAAUCCGAAAAUAUUCCGAUGGAAUUAAAUGAAUUUGUGGAGACCCCUGGCAUUGGGACUGCCCUGCGGACUGGUCAGGACAGUGUUGAAGCCGACAUGAGACCGGAGGAGGUACAGAAAGCAUGUGAAAAUAACAACAGCUUAACGAGGGAUGAGGGAUCAGAGAAGAAGGAUGAUGUUGAAAAGGGUGGCGGCGAUGAUGGGGGCUUUUUCGACUGUAAUGUCUGUUUGGACAUGGCCAGGGAUCCCGUUGUUACUUGCUGCGGUCAUUUGUUUUGUUGGCCCUGCCUCUAUCAGUGGCUGCAUAUGAAUCCGGAUGCCAAGGAAUGUCCUGUGUGCAAGGGUGAGGUGUCUUACAAGAAUAUCACCCCAAUAUAUGGUCGUGGAAACAACCAUGUUCAAGAUCCUGAGGAGGAUCCCAGCCUCAAAGUCCCUCUCAGGCCUCAUGCAAGGCGUGUUGAGAGUUUAAGACCAAGAUUCCAGAGAAGUGGAUUUGGAAUUCCCCAUGCAAGGGGUGUGGUUCGCCCCCAUGACCCUGAAACCGUGCGUGAAACAGCAGAGAGAACGAGAUUCUUGCUAGACAGAUUUUUGACGUCUCGAGCAAUUCGGAGAGAGCAAAAUCGCGGGGCAUUGCCGGAUGAUGCAGCAUAUCUAGCGGAAAGCAAUAUGGGUAGUCUUGACUCAGGCGAUAACAACAGGCUGCAAUCCCUUCUACUUCGAAGAACACAAUCACACAGAGCAACACUUUCAUCUCUUUCCUCAGCUUUGAUGGAGACAUAUUUCCUGACCCGCGGAGGAGUUAGGAACCAAGAACAGUCUCCACCGGUAGAUGAUAGAGAUUCAUAUUCAAGCAUUGCUGCUGUUAUAAAUUCGGAGAGUCAAAUGGACACUGCCGUAGAAAUUGAUUCCAUGGUAUCACUGUCCACAUCCUCUUCCAGAAGGAGAAGCGAUUCUUCUAGAGUUUCUGAUGUAGAUACUGGAGACUCUCGUGCUCCCAGGUCUAGGAGAAGACGUUUAAAUUGAUUACAACUUCGAAGUAAAAUAUCCUGUUUCGUGGAAGAUAAUAAAAGUUCAGCAGCUAUGAAAGUGCUAUGUUUAUACACUGGCAAUCCUCUGUAGUUUUUAAGGUGACUUUGGAAGCCUCAGUGUCGGUCACCUAAAGGAUAGGAUUAGGAUAGUAGGGGCCUUGUUUAAUCACAACUAUAUGUUGAUUAUUUUUGACGUUCCA